AUGGUUGUACGUGUGGUACAACACAUAAAAGCCUAUAGCCAAUAUCUAUUGCAAUGGGAAGAAAAUGAUGCGGUGCUGUGUAAAUAUUUUCCUGCGAGCUUAACAGGAGAAGCCUUGCAGUGGUUUGAAGGAUUACCAGUAGGAACUAUUAGAUCAUUACGUCAUUUACAGAACGUCUUCUUAGGACAAUAUAUCAGGAAGAAUAUGUCAAGACUAGGAAUUGAGACGGCCUUUGGACUUCGUAGAAGGGUCAAUGAAAGUUCGCGUCAUCUAACAACACGUUGGAGAACCAUGUGUAGUGAAAUGGCCAGAAGAGUAGAUGAACGAUAUCUUAUACUAGCUUUUAUCAAUGCUCUUUUUCCUACGGAUUUAUUAUAUACACAGAUUUUCAGGAUAAAAGACACCAUCAUAAUGUCGGAGUUGCGUGAAUUUCAAGAGGAGUAUAUUGCGGUUACUUGUACAUUGCAGGGAAGUCAAGGAAAGAAAAUUACAGAAAUUGAACAAAAACUGGUAGCCAUGGGUAGUGCAUAUCAGGAGGAGCUUGAAAGAGAAUAUAAAGAAAGACAAUCCCAUAUUCGAGGAAGAAAUAAUAAAAUUCAAAGAAUGGAUAACCCUCCGGAAGGAUAUUAA